AUGAGUUCGCCUUUUUCUAACUUGAAAAGACCAACAAAAGCCCCGCUGCCUGGCUACAUAAGGAAAUUCCAACUUCCAUCUUAUCCUGAAACAGAAGAGAAAGAAACUGAACAUCUUUUGGAAGAAGUUGCCACUGAUAUUGCCAACAGGCGUUGUCAUUCCCAAGAGAACCUUCCUGAAAAACUGAAACUUCCUCAAACUUCUGUAUUUCUGUUCAAAUCUAUCUAUCUAUCUAUCUAUCUAUCUAUCUAUCUAUCUAUCUAUCUAUCUAUCUAUCUAUCUCAGUCUGUUCAUAUCUAUAUAUCAGUUUAUCUCAAUCCAUUCAAAUCUAUCUAUCUAUCUAUCUAUCUAUCUAUCUAUCUAUCUAUCUAUCUGCAUCUAUCUCAUCUGUUCAAAUCUAUCUAUCUAUCCAUCUAUCUAUCUCAGUCUGUUCAUAUCUAUAUAUCAGUUUAUCUCAAUCCAUUCAAAUCUAUCUAUCUAUCUAUCUAUCUAUCUAUCUAUCUAUCUAUCUAUCUAUCUAUCUAUCUAUCUGCAUCUAUCUCAUCUGUUCAAAUCUAUCUAAAUCUAUCUAUCUAUCUAUCUAUCUAUCUAUCUAUCUAUCUAUCUAUCUCAUCUGUUCAAAUCUAUCUAUCUAUCUAUCUAUCUAUCUAUCUCAGUCUGUUCAUAUCUAUAUAUCAGUUUAUCUCAAUCCAUUCAAAUCUAUCUAUCUAUCUAUCUAUCUAUCUAUCUAUCUAUCUAUCUAUCUAUCUAUCUAUCUGCAUCUAUCUCAUCUGUUCAAAUCUAUCUAUCUAUCUAUCUAUCUAUCUAUCUAUCUAUCUAUCUAUCUAUCUCAGUCUGUUCAUAUCUAUAUAUCAGUUUAUCUCAAUCCAUUCAAAUCUAUCUAUCUAUCUAUCUAUCUAUCUAUCUAUCUAUCUAUCUAUCUAUCUAUCUAUCUGCAUCUAUCUCAUCUGUUCAAAUCUAUCUAUCUAUCUAUCUAUCUAUCUAUCUAUCUAUCUAUCUAUCUAUCUAUCUAUCUAUCUAUCUCAUCUGUUCAAAUCUAUCUAUCUAUCUAUCUAUCUAUCUAUCUAUCUAUCUAUCUAUCUAUCUAUCUCAGUCUGUUCAUAUCUAUAUAUCAGUUUAUCUCAAUCCAUUCAAAACUAUCUAUCUAUGCAUAUUCAUCCAUCUAAGUCUGUUCAUAUCUAUCUAUCUAUCUAUCUAUUUAUCUAUCUAUCUAUCUAUCUAUCUAUCUAUCUAUCUAUCUAUCUUUUCAUUUUCAUCUAUUUCAAAACUGACCAUCUUUUGAAAGAAGUGUCCUCUAAUGAUGCCAGCAGGCGUUGUCAUUCCCAAGACAAUCUUCCUGAAAAACUGCACCUCCCUUGCACAUCAAAGUCAUCUUCUGUAUUGCCACUGGCUCCCAACAAAUCUGAGACUCAACCACUAAAAGAAGCACCAUCUGACAAAGAACUAAUGUCACUGAUGAUGGGAAGGAUUUCUGCCUUAGAAGCCAAAGUAUAUAGUCAGAAUAAAGAACUUAUUCAGAAGUGUCCAAAAUUGAAAAAUUGGAUUUUAAAACUAUCUAUCUAUCUAUCUAUCUAUCUAUCUAUCUAUCUAUCUAUCUACCUAUCACAGUCUGUUCCUAUCUAUCUAUCUAUCACAGUCUGUUCCUAUCUAUCUAUCUAUCUAUCUAUCUAUCUAUCUAUCUAUCUAUCUAUCUAUCUAUCUAUCACAGUGUGUUUCUAUCUAUUUAUCUAUCACAGUGUGUUUCUAUCUAUCUUUCUAUCACAGUCUGUUCCUAUCUAUCUAUCUAUCUAUCUAUCUAUUACAGUGUGUUUCUAUCUAUCUAUCUAUCUAUCUAUCUAUCUAUCUAUCUAUCUAUCUAUCUAUCUAUCACAAUCUGUUCCUAUCUAUCUAUCUAUCUAUCUAUCUAUCUAUCUAUCUAUCACAGUGUGUUUCUAUCUAUUUAUCUAUCUAUCACAGUGUGUUUCUAUCUAUCUAUCACAGUCUGUUUCUAUCUAUCUAUCUAUCUAUCUAUCUAUCUAUCUAUCUAUCUAUCACAGUCUGUUCCUAUCUAUCUAUAACACUCUGUUCCAUCUAUCUAGUAGAACAGUUUCUCAGUUGGAAGAAAAACUAAGAAUUCUACAGCAACAAAAUGAUGAGACAUCGUCACCUGCUGAAAUGGUUAAGUUACUGAAAAUCCAGUGUGUCAUGCUGCAAAAACAAGUGCAGGAAAUGGAGAGAAUUGCUGGCUAUCUAUCCCAAUCUGUUCAUAUCUAUCUAUCUAUCUAUCUAUCUAUCUAUCUAUCUAUCUAUCUAUCUAUCUAUCUCAAUUUCUUCAUAUCUAUCUAUCUAUCUAUCUAUCUAUCUAUCUAUCUAUCUAUCUAUCUAUCUAUCCCAGUCUUUUCCUAUCUAUCUAUCUAUCUAUCUAUCUAUCUAUCUCAUUCUCAUCAUUAUCUAUCUAUCUAUCUAUCUAUCUAUCUAUCUAUCUAUCCCAGUCUUUUCCUAUCUAUCUAUCUAUCUAUCUAUCUAUCUAUCUAUCUAUCUAUCUAUCUAUCUAUCUCAAUUUCUUCAUAUCUAUCUAUCUCAAUUUCUUCAUCAUCUAUCUAUCUAUCUAUCUAUCUAUCUAUCUAUCUAUCUAUCUAUCUAUCUAUCCCAGUCUUUUCCUAUCUAUCUAUCUAUCUAUCUAUCUAUCUCAUUCUCAUCAUUAUCUAUCUAUCUAUCUAUCUAUCUAUCUAUCUAUCUAUCCCAGUCUUUUCCUAUCUAUCUAUCUAUCUAUCUCAAUUUCUUCAUAUCUAUCUAUCUCAAUUUCUUCAUAUCUAUCUAUCUAUCUAUCUAUCUAUCUAUCUAUCUAUCUAUCUAUCUAUCUAUCUCAUCAUUAUCUAUCUAUCUAUCUAUCUAUCUAUAUAUCUAUCUCAUUCUCAUCAUUAUCUAUUUAUCUAUCUAUCUAUCUAUCUUUCCCAGUCUUUUCCUAUCUAUCUAUCUAUCUAUCUAUCUAUCUAUCUAUCUAUCUCAAUUUCUUCAUAUCUAUCUAUCUAUCUAUCUAUCUAUCUAUCUAUCUAUCUAUCUCUUCAUAUCUAUAUAUCUAUCUAUCUCAAUUUCUUCAUAUCUAUCUAUCUAUCUAUCUAUCUAUCUAUCUAUCUAUCUAUCUAUCUAUCUAUCUAA